GAAGCAGCAGGCCUGACGCUGAACUCUCACCAUGUCUCAGGCGGAAUUUGAGAAAGCCGCUGCUAUGGUCAGGGAAAUGAAGGUUCCGAUCUCCGAGCAAGAAAAACUGGAGAUUUACAGUCUCUACAAACAAGCCACCAUCGGGGACAUCAACAUCCCCUGCCCUUGUGCAACCGAUGUAACAGGCAAAGCCAAAUGGGAGGCCUGGAAUGGACGCAAAGGGAUGAGCAAGGCUGAUGCCAUGAAGAAUUACAUAGCAAAAGCAGAAGAGCUGAAAAAAAAAUAUGGAGCGUAAAAUUAAGCAUUCAUAGAUAUCAGGCAGCCAUGUGCCAUUAGCAGGGCUUUUGACCCAACAUCCCUGCUGUGGAGUUUCCUCUCACCCUUAGAUCAAUGUAGCGUAGCUGCCAAGCCAAUAAAACUGUAAUCAAAACAAUGGAGUGUAUAUGACUGAAAAAAAUUGUGCAUCGUUUGCAUGCUACCCUUUGAGAAUCUAUACACGUGUGGAAGUUCAUUUGAGGAUAAGGAUAGUCCAGUCAUUGUUUAUGAUUUCUGGUAAACUCUUAGCAAUACUUAAGAGGCUUACUUCACAAGCCGGUGUAUUUGUUUA